AUAAAUUCCAAGCAUAUAUGACACCUCGGACGAAGCAAAGAACGACCAAAUAAUAAGCCCGCCGAUUCUGGCCCCUCCCUCUCGCGCCAACGACCCGCCCGCCGACCCGAAAAUUCUCCGUCCAUGGCAUUCCGACCGAAUCCCUUAUCCCUAACCGUACCCGAACCCGCCUUCGAGUCCUGGCUCCGAGACUCCGGCUACCUCGAGCUCCUCGACCAGCGUUCCUCCUCCUCGGCCGCCGCCCCCGGCGCCGCCGCCGCCGCUUCCGGCGAUGCUGCCGCCGCCUCCGACCCCUAUGCCUCCGGGUUCUUCGCCUCCGUCUUCUCUGGCCUGGGGACCCUGGUGUCCCUCGUGACUCUCAACCCGCUGUCGAAGCUCACCACCGACGAUUUCUCCGGCGAGACGCCGUCCUGGACCGCCGCCUUCAUCGGCUCCUGCGACUCGUACUCGUUCCCGUCCUCGCCCGCUCAGGCUCGGCUUCGGGUCCACGAGAACGUCAGGCGCUUCGCUCGCAACUACGCCACUCUGUUCAUCCUCUUCUUCGCUUGCGCUCUGUACCAGAUGCCAUUUGCUCUUAUUGGACUGCUGUCAAGUUUGGCGCUCUGGGAUUUUUUCAAGUUCAGUAGUCAUAAGUGGGGAUUGGAUCAACGGCCUGUAAUCCGCCAAUGUUUGGUUCACAUUGCCCAGAUUGUAACUGCUGUUAUUUUGAUAUGGUGCAACGUGCAAAUGGCAAUUUUCUGUGCGCUCUGUGUCAGUUAUGCUGCCUUGAUGCUGCAUGCAACAUUCCGGAACCUGACUCUAUCCAAACCUCCUCAUAAAAAGAGGAAGUAGAAACCCUGAGUCAAACAAGGAGAAACUUGCUGUCUGACUGGAUGCGGAUUUUGCCCAGGAUUAAUGAGCUCUUCUAUGCGGACUCAUACUUACCUUCUACACAAACUAAUGCUUCCCAUAAUCGCAGUAGUGCGGAAGGUGAAGACGUGACAGAACUGAGUGCUUCUUUGCAUGGUACAUGCCAUAUGCCACAAUAAAGAUGGUGAAAAUAAUUUUCCCUCAUGGAAUGCUGCGAAAUGUGGGAUUUUGCUCCGCUGAUUUGUCUGAUGGUUUUACAGGGUAAUCAUAUUGAAUAAGUCGUCUUGAGCUUUGCUUGGGCAGUUUUGUACUACGAAUAUCAGCUGUAAAUUGUAUUUUAGCCUGAGGUAAUGGAUAUUCAGUUAGGUGAGAGUUAAUUGUUUUUAAGCCGAGGUAAUUGAUAUUCUGUUAAGUGAGAGUUAGUAAUUUGUGUAUGGAUUCAUGAGCUUGAUAUUCGUCCCGUCACAUGAGCGAACGAGGGCCAUUUAAAUUCUUA